UCGUUGCUGGUUCUUUAUAGCAACUGUUAAAAUUGGACAUCUAUCCACAGAAAGUCUCCCUCCUUUGGUUCUUGCCUGAGUUAUAUAGAAAUGGAGGAAAUAUUUGCUCUAGUACUUUCAAUGCUUCUUGUCCUCGCAUUAGUUCCAUUUUAUCUUUGGAAACGCCGUCAGGAUAAUCGAUCAACCGAUGAACACGUUGAAGAACGCCAGGCUCCCAGGACGGAAAAUGUAGUACGUGGUGGAGUCACUGGUGGUCGGAGUAGGAUGCGGAGGAGACCGGCUGCCGGAGGAGCUAGCACGUCAUCAUCCGCUGCAACUGCUGAAGAAACUGCUGAUGGAAGUGAUGGAGAAGAUGAGGCAGAUGGGUAUUAUGAGGCUAAAGCAUCAAAGAAAAAAGAAAAGAAGCGGCAAGAAAGGGAUGCACAAAGAAGGGCUGAAGAAGCUGCUCGGGAGUCAAGGCUGACCAAACAGGACCGAUAUGCUGAAAUGCGGAGGAGGAAGGAUGAGGAACGUGAAGCAGAGGAGCGUAGGCUGGAAGAAGAAGCUCAAGCUCGAAAGGCCAAGGAGGAAGAAGCUGCUGCAUUGGAGUUUGAGAAGUGGAAAGGGGAGUUUUCUGUUGAUGCUGAAGGAACCACUGAGAAUGAAGUGCAAGAUGGAAGUCAGGACUUGCUUUCCACUUUUGUGGAAUACAUUAAGAAUCAUAAAUGUAUUCCUUUGGAAGAUCUUGCUGCAGAAUUCAAGCUGAGAACCCAGGAAUGUAUCAAUAGGAUCACCUCCCUCGAAAGUAUGGGUCGACUUUCUGGCGUCAUGGAUGACAGAGGGAAAUAUAUAUACAUCUCCCUGGAGGAGAUGAAGGCUGUAGCCGACUAUAUCAAGCAUCAGGGAAGGGUUAGCAUUUCACAUUUAGCCAGCAAGUCCAACCAGUUCAUCGAUUUAGAGCCAAAAGUUCAGUUAUUGGAGGAGAUGAGCAUAGCUGAGGAAAUCAAUGUUGCUUGAUUCAAUUGUAUACCCCUUCCCCUUAUCACUAAUACUUGUAGAAGACAAAGUUUACUCAUGGAAAAAUAUAGCAAUUGCAUUAUGAAAAAAAAAAAAUGGCCAGAUUGAGUUUUGCUUAUG